AUGAAAGCAAGCAGUCAAGCUGUCAGCAGACACAUGCGGAUGUUCUUUGUAUUAUUAUGCCAUAUUCUACUAAUAACUCUUACAAUUUCAUUUAUCAACUAUGACAACGGGCAAAGAAAAUUAAAAGAAAGGCGCCAACAGUUGGACAGAACUAUAAACGAGCUAGCCCAGAGAGUUGUUGCAGCAGCCGCUGAUCCUGGAGUACGGGUCAAUGAGGACUUGAUGAAAAAUUAUGUUGAGCAAGCCUACACUACAUUACGUCGCAUAGACAAAGGAAAUGGUGAACUCCCUGGACCCUUCUGA